AUGCGGGACGGAUGGCAAAACAGAAGUCUUUCACACCCUGUAAAAUUAGUUAUCGUUGGACAUACAGUGUCAAGUCAAUGUUCCACAUUCUUAGAGUGCGCACCAAAAAUGCAAACAAUUCAAAAUUGGCAUGUAGAAUCUCGAGACUGGGUUAGUAUUGGUUAUAAUUUUGUGAUCGGAGGAGACGGCAAUGUCUAUGAAGGUUUGGGCUGGGAUAUUAAAAACUACAUUCGAGAUAAUUCCAUCAUGAUAUCUUUCAUUGGCAAUUAUGUAAUUGAUAAGGUGAAAGACAAACAACGAAAGGCAGCGCAAUUUUUACUGAAACGAGGAGUAGAACUAGGAAAGCUUGUUCCAAAUUAUACACUGGUUGCUCACAAUCAGGUUGCCAAUACACGCAGUCCUGGAAAAAAUUUAAUGGCAGAUUUGAAGCAAUGGCCUCACUACUAUGCUGGUCAAAUUACGUAA